UGUGACAGUUCAUAGACAUUUAAGACAUGCUUUUUGGACGAAUUGUCAUUUAAAUAACAAGCGCAAAAUUUCUCAGCUUUUAAACUUGUUGACUCUUUCGGAGUGAGAAUUAUUUACUUCAUUUGAUGUGAAGAAGGAAAUUGUAACGGUUUAGUUCCUGUGUCUAUCUAUCUAAACUUGCUAUAGAAAUAUUAAUUAAACGAUGAUUUUAAAAAUCAUUUUUGCGUGUGCAAUUUUUCAACAAGCGUAUAGUCAUGGCUGGAUGAGGGAUCCAGUCAGCCGCUCAAGCGCUUGGAGAAUCGGAUUUCCGACUCCAAAGAAUUAUAAUGACAUGGGGCUUUAUUGCGGUGGAUUUAAUACCAGGAUGGGGUAUGGUGACAAAUGUGGAAUAUGUGGCGACCCCUGGGUGAGUGAAAACGCCAUACGUGAUAACGAGGCUGGUGGGAAGUAUGCUACAGGCACUAUCGUCUACACAUACAAUAUGGGGGUUGAAUUUAAUAUUACGAUUAUCCUUACUGCAAACCAUUUCGGAUGGAUGGAAUUCAGGAUUUGCCCAAACAAUGACGUCAAGAAACGCGUCACUAAGGAAUGUCUUGACCAGCAUGUGCUUCAAAGGGCAGACGGCACUGGACCCAAGACAAUGAUCAAUGACAGACGCACUGGCCAAUGGAUAAUGGCUUACAAGCUACCGAAAGGAAUGACAUGUACACAAUGUGUUAUACAAUGGAAGUAUCAUGCUGGAAAUAGUUGGGGUGUCGAUAGAGACACGGGAAAAUCUUGUCUAGGUUGUGGGGACCAAGAAGAGUUUUACGGCUGUGCUGAUGUAGCAAUAAAUGGCAGCGAUCAAGCACCUCAAACUACAACACCAAAACCUACACCUAGACCCACACAGCCACCCGUUGUAUACACCCAACCACCGCCUGUUGUGACACAAGGUCCAAGGGUUCAGACGACAACGCAACCACCGCUUACAACACCAAAGGAAUUCAUCGGAAUGAAGAUGUCUUGUAAAGGAAUUCACAACUGGGCCAAUGAUCCUAAUCUAGAUAAAUGGUGUACAGACAAUUGUGCUAUUGGAAAUUGUCCAGUCUACGCAUGUGACUGUUCCGGAAGUCAACAGCUUGUAACUGAUAAGCCAACGACGACGCAACGACCAACCACACCAAAACCUACCACUACAUCAACCACGCCUACUACUACAUCGACCACGCCUACUACUACAUCGACCACGUCCACAACUACAACGACCACACCUACAACUACAACAACUACGCCUAGACCAAAAACUUCUACGGGCCAUGUAAUCACAGAUAAGCCAAACCAACAGAUUGUUAACCGUGUUGAAUGUAAAGCAGUAAAUAACUGGGCAGGAAAUUCAUAUUUCGACAGAGUUUGUGCAGACUCAUGCGCUCGAGGAAACUGUCCACCAGAAUCGUGCAAAUGUGAUUUAGUUCAAAAAGUAAUCACACAGUCAACUACGACCACUCUUCUCCCUGAAACAACAAAGCCAGUGACGCAUGUCAGAAAAGUGUGCCGUGCUAAAGGUUCUUUUGCCGGAAAUGACGUUUUUGAUAUUUGGUGCACUAACGAAUGUAAUAGAGGCGUGUGUCCAAAAGCAAAUUGUGAAUGCACCGAAGCAGUAGUUCAGCCAACCACUACAACAACAACAACAACUAGAAAACCGGAUGUGACGUCAUUAGGCAAGUGCGUGUCAAGCGGAUCGGUCGGGAGCGGAGAUUACUGGGAUACUUGGUGCCAACAAUCCUGUGACAGGGGUGCUUGUGAAAGUGUAUACUGUAGAUGUGGUUUAUAAAUAGAUUGGAGAUGGAUUUUUGGAUUACAUUUGCAUUUUAUGUAAAAAAAAUCAGACACAAUGGUUGUUUUCUCAAUUGCAAAAUAUGCCUUUCUCCAAUGUCUUAUACAUAGUUUUUUUCCAGGAAACAUAACAAUUUAUUCUGAACAAAGUCUUCAAUGAAUUUACAGUUUAUUUUUUUAUUAAACCAUUCAAAGAAAAAUUAACAUUUGUUCUUCAAAAUGUUUUUAUCAUCAAUUCUGUGGGAUCACGUAUGUUUGCAAAAUGUAUUCCAUUUUUAAAGCCGGAACAACAAGCGUAGAAUUAUUUACAACUCUACAAGUUUGAAGAUAGUUAUGAAACACUUCCGUCCAAAGUAAUGGAUGUCUUUCGCUAGAUAAUGUCUUUUCUUUUUUUGUGUGUGUCAAAAUAAAAACAUUGUCCCAAA